AUGUUGCAGAUACUGGGGGUGCUGACCGGCGCAGUAUGCGGACUGCAUCUUCCAGCUAUCUCUCUACUGUUCAUGUUUGUUUUCAAAGCAUUUGAAAGUGGCGAUUUACUGAUCCACAAUCUCUGUCUGGCUCUGGCAAUGUAUUGUGGUGUUGGAGUGAUCGUUUUCGUCUCCCAGUUUAUCAGUGUAGGCCGUUUUUAG